UAUAUUCCAGUUACUAUACAAGUUAUACUUAUUCUUUGAGGUUAUUUUAUAAUCAUAAAUAAAAUUAAAGUUAAAUUAAUUAAUUAAAUUAUUGGAAAAUAUUUAUUUAUCUCUAAAUGAACUAUGAUCUUAUACAAUUACAUUAAAAAUUAAUAGGACCUAAAAAUUCGCUCAGGUGACCGGUUAUUUAUCUACUGUAUUUGUUUGUUAUAAAUUCGUUUAUUAUCAAAGCUGUUUCUUACGAUGGUUAUAAUGGACAUUGUCGAAGGAAUUGGCAAUUUAGAAGAACAAGCCCUUAAAAGAAAAGAAAGACUUAAAAACCUUAAGAGGAAAACUCCAAGCGGUGACGACACGGAGACAUCGACUGAAGUGGUACAACUUCCAAAACCUAAGUUCAGAAGUUACAAACCUCAGGAUGAAACACUGCAAGAGGCAAAGAUUGCAGAUGCAUUACCGUCAGCUGUGGAGGAGGAUGUGAAAGAUUUGCUAGAAGCUGGCAAAGAAAAGGUAGUCUUACAAGAUUUGGACAUAUCGAGUUUAGCACCAAGAAAACCAGACUGGGAUCUUAAAAGAGAUGUUGCUAAAAAGCUGGAGAAACUCGAAAGGCGGACACAGAAAGCUAUUGCUGAGUUGAUUUGGGAACGGCUGAAGCAGGGCUCAGAAGAUAACCUGGGGGCUGUGCUCACCAUGGCUGAUAGCAGACAGGUGGAAGAAGACUGAUUUAGGUAAAUUAGAAGUUUAUAGAUUUAAAUAAAUACACUCAUACAAUUUAUGUGUCAAGUAAGUAAUAUCAAUUUCCCUGCCUUAUGCCACGUGACAGCUUGGUGAACGACAGCUAUUAUGACAGGCCCACCCCGCUUACUAGCUCCACUAUAACAUUUUUAUCAAAUUCUUUUAAUUAAUAGCCAAAAGUAAAAAAUACACAUGUGAUUGUAAUAUGUGUAAUUUAUUUUAUUAGAAAGUGUCAUAGCUCUCUAUUGGACACAAUUUGAUAAAAAGAUAAUAGACCACGAAAAUAGUCGUCGUAAUUUGUUACUACAUUUUGUAAUGGAAAACUAUAAUACUAAUGUGAUGGUGAGGCUCGUGAGCGGCCUUUAUUCGCCGAUAGCUUAAUACGCUGUUGAUCAUCGCUAACUACAGAGAUAAAAUUUUUUUUUUUAGUUGGUAAUAACAGAAUUUUGAAAGUAAACAAUGUAUAAACAUCAAGUAAUGCAUACAUUUAAUGUUGAGUAAGAAUAAUAUUAAUAAGUAAAAUUAUUUUCUUAGUAAUAAAAAUCUGAUUGGAUUGAAAA